AACCACCAUGCAGGGGGACACGACGUCCGCCCUCAUAUACACACCACACACACAGGAAGACAGAAACUGGUGCUACGAAGAAAACCGAGCAGUCAGCCGUGGCCACUCAUUUGCGGAAGAGCCUCCCAGCCGGAGCAGCCCGUGGCGUGUGUGACGGCACAACCGGAGCGCUCGCCCGUCCAGGAAUGGCCGCAGGGGCGUUCUCGCGCUCUGCAUGGAAGCAAACAACCACACACAGACCCAUGCACCGACCCACCCACGGCUGAAGGUCGGUUCCUGACAUCGCACUUACCUCUGUUGGCCCACGAAGUGACCUGCUCCACAAAGCCGAGGUUGGGGUCCACAGCAUGACGCACCUUACGCACCUGCAGACACCAAAGAGCACGUUGUCAUGUGAAUGGAUCCAUGGCGGCACUUACAUACUCACCUCCUCGACUGCCUCGUCGUAGCUCAUGCCCUCCACGCGCAUGAGGUAUGCGAUGACGAGCGUGGCUGACCGAGAAAUGCCGGCCUUGCAGUGGACCAGCACACUGCCCCCAUUGUCCAGCGCCCCCUGGAUCCAUGCAACGGUGCUCUCCAGCACCGACUCGUCCAACACCUGAGUGCCCUUGUCCUAACACACACACAGACAGACACACAGGCACACAGGCACACAGACACCUAUAAUGCAUGCUGUCGUGUGUGUGUUCGUGUGCGUGUGUCAGUAUUGUUUACCCUGAGGUCGAGUGUGUGGUACUGUAUGCGCAUAUUGGGGUCGUUCUCGAACACGUUUGGACACUCCACAGCAGCGUUCACCACAUGAGAUAUGCCGUGACUCAGCAACAUCUGCACGGCCAGCCGAAAGGACACAGAGAGGCGCAGCACAGCACGCCAUGGCAAGUCGGUCAGCUGGCAACCAGUGUCUUGCUCUCACCGAUUUGUCCUUUGCAACUUCCUCAGAUGAAAUGUACAGGCGGUCGCGAACUCUGGCACAGUCAUAUUUGGUCUCUUCCCUCUUCCUCCGAACGUCCGCGCGACUCGAGUCAGGAGCCUCUGAAGAUGCCAACAGACAACAGCCACCAGAAUAUAGCAGAAAGCAGAUGCCCUGUGGUGACCUUCCUCAGUCCCCUUACCGGCCGCGUCAGUGACCGUUUCGCUGACAUCGAUAGUGAGUGACCGCAUUGGUUUCUUGAUGCGCCUGGCCGCCCAUCCCCCUGCCGCUGCUGCGGCAUUCGCACCAGUGCGAGACGAGGAGCAUGCCGCUCCGGGAGGAGGGCCAGCCUGCAGCAUGCACACAACACACAGUCAUCCGAGAUUGGCCCGCUCACUCGUUUGUGCGUGUUGAGGGCCGCCCGUCACCUGUGACUCUUCGGGUAUGGUCAGGACCUGAUCGAGGCUCAGCGUGGAUGAGUGGCCGAAGGACGGAGGCCUUCCGUCGUUGGACGAGGGCAUCCCCAGGCGGGAGUCACGCGAUGAGUACCGGACGACGACUGCAUCCCGCUGAGCUGGACUGCUGAUGCCAUCCUCCGCCAUCCUUCUUCCCUGGUCGGCGAGAGGUCCAAUCGCGCAAGCCCGAG